GGGUCUCUUCCUCUGUCGCGCAUCCUCGCUGGGAGGCGGGGCACGUCAUGGCACGCGUCUCUGUGAUUGGCUGGUCCCCGUUCUCCCUGACGUCACGGUUGUAAAUCCCCGUAUGCCCUCGCAGCUCCGUGUCCGGGGGAAACCACAAACAUGUCGGUGCGGAGAGAACCGAGCGGCGGAACUGCGGCUGACAAGAGCUCACUUGAGACAUAAGCAGCACCAGUCUGGACGAGCAGUGAAGUUUUAGGCAACUUUAGAGCAGCUGUUGUUGUUUCACAGAAGCGGGCCGGCGAGGAACGAAUGGACGGAUAAAACCCAUACAGCUGGGGCUUGGAUCGGAAGACGCAGCCUCGCAGGCAGGUGGCCGGGGCCGGUUACAGAGAGACAAGGAGAGGAGGGCAGCGUGUGCGGGCUCAGAUCAGGACUGGGUCUCUCCUCGCUAGGGGAUGUUAUCCGUACUGUCUUAUGGCAGACUGGUAGCCAGGGCUGUCCUGGGCGGACUCUCUCAGACAGACGGUCGGGACUACAGCCUGAUCAGCGCCAGCUAUGGCUUCGGUAAAGACUUUCGGAAGGGGAUCCUGAAGAAAGGGAUGUGCUACGGGGACGAUGCCUGUUUCAUAGCGCGGCACAGGACCGCCGACGUGUUGGGUGUUGCAGACGGCGUAGGCGGAUGGCGGGACUACGGCGUCGACCCGUCUCAGUUCUCUGCCACCUUGAUGAGGACUUGUGAGCGGCUGGUGAAGGAGGGACGCUUCACUCCCAGUAAUCCAGUGGGCAUCCUGACCUCUGGCUACUACGAGCUCUUACAGAACAAAGUUCCCCUGCUAGGGAGCAGCACGGCCUGCAUCGUGGUUCUGGAUCGACGGAGUCACCGGCUACAUACAUGUAAUCUUGGUGACUCGGGCUUCCUGGUGGUGCGAGGAGGAGAGGUGGUUCAUCGCUCAGAUGAGCAACAGCACUACUUUAACACACCGUUCCAGCUGUCCAUCGCUCCUCCGGGUGCUGAGGGGGUUGUGCUCAGCGACAGUCCUGAAGCAGCCGACAGCUCCUCUUUUGACGUGCAGCUCGGCGACAUCAUCUUAACGGCGACAGAUGGUCUCUUUGACAACAUGCCAGACUACAUGAUUCUUCAGGAGCUCAAAAAACUCAAGACAACCAACUAUGACAGCAUCCUGCAGACUGCACAGAGCAUUGCAAAGCAAGCUCAUGACCUUGCCUACGACCCCAACUAUAUGUCCCCUUUUGCACAGUUUGCCUGUGACAACGGCCUGAAUGUAAGAGGGGGGAAGCCAGAUGAUAUCACGGUGCUGCUGUCCAUUGUGGCUGAGUAUACAGACUAAAAGUGUGCAUGUGUCUGACUGCUUCUCUGGGGCGGAUCCUUCCUUGCCGUCUGCCUGAGUCUUCCACCUGCAGCCCUCCCAAAAUGCACUUCGUCCUGUGGGCUGACAGGGGAGGCCCACCGACACGACACUCACCCCCUCACCGUGCGGCUGACAUCCACCUGUGUAACAUUUUGGGUUUUUUUUUUUCUUCUGCUGUUUUGUUUUGGUGCUUGAACUACUGAGGGACAGCAGGCAGCUGGGACAUUUUCAUGUUGAUCAUGAUGCAGGAGGAGAGCAGAGAAGGACGGGCUGACGGAUGCCUUCCAGUCUCCUGGGUCUCGUCGCACGGCAUCGACACUUUCAACGGCCACUUUCAACGGCCACUUUGUGGCCAAGAGACGGUCUGGGGGGGUGUGGAUGAAGCGAGGGCUUUAAAAUCUGGUAGCUGUCGUGUAGACAAACAGUGAUAAUAUAAGGAGUAAGCCAUGGGUUUGGAUUCUUUAAAGAGUAGCGAUAGAGUUGGGCUUCAAGAACUGGUUCCAACUUGGAGCUGGUUUUAAAGUUACGCUAAAGGAGUCGCUAGGAAAUUUCUAUUUUGAUUCUGCUCAUCGAUUCCUAAACAAAUUUCACUGGUUCAGUUCAAUUUUAUUUAUAUAGCGCCAAUUACAGGUCAAAUUGUCUCAAGAUGCUUUGCAGAACCCAUAUGCCUGCACCCUAAGAGCAGCUCUAAGAGGACAGUGCCGAGAAAAACCUCCCUUUUAACGGGAAGAAACCUUGAGCCGAACCCGGCUCUUUAUGUGGGGGGACUUAUCUGCCUGCUGGCCAGCUGGUUGAGAGGGAUAGAAGAGGUAGAGAGGGAGGGAUGGGAAAAGAGGCGGGUGGGGAACAAGGAACAUUUAACACACAUUUGGAUACAUGCAUGAUAAGCUAGAUGAUACAUACGAAGUACCAGCUAACAUUGAAACUGAUUCAUAACUUCACUGUUAUGAUGUACAGCAUUAAAUAUACUACACAUGUAUAGCUGGUAGUAAAAUUCAAACAGUGUGUAGGUGAGCAUAUCAAGUAUAGUAAGCGGUGCCAGUUUACAAGCUGUGCACUGCAAACGCCUACUUGUCCGUCAUGCAAGCCGAAUGCUUCGUGUUCUCCCGUCUCCUAAUCCAUUCAUCUUAAUAAAUCAUGAGUUCAGCGUUAUUCUCAGCCUACUUAACUGUUGCGGAGCUGCUUGAUUAGCAGGUGAACGGCACAAAUUGUCCCCAAUAAUUACCUUGAUUCAGGAAAUGUACAGUUACAAAUCAUUUUCCAAGAACUGAGCUGACUAAAAAAAUACUGAUAUGAAAAUGUAUACCAGAAAAGAGACCACCAUUGUUACGAAUAUGGUUGUUUUAUCUAUCGGAGGGAUUCUCCUGCUAACAUUUAGGUGUCUAUCAAUGGUACGUAGUAUUUCACAAGAGGAGGAAGGUGCUGUCUUAACUUGACACCAACAGGUACUCAUUAUUUCUGUUAUUCAACACAACACACAGACGUUCAGUAAGUGUUAUGCAUGUGAAGGUGUAUUACAGCAGACUAACUUAUAGUAAUGCUUUACUGUUACUGUUGCAACAUGUUGAUACUUCACACAACAAAUACACAAAUCUACGUCACCAGCUCUCUUAAAGGGGAUGUGUUUGAAGGAAAAAAAACUAUACAGACAGUAAUUCAUAUAAUAAAAGUUUGUUGACCUUGAUAGACAGAGAUGCCAGUACAAUGUUGUAAAAAUUAUUUAUCCGAUGAUUAUUCCUCAUAUAUUAAUGGAAAUGCAGGAUUUUACUGUUAUAGUAACUUUGACCACCUUCCCCUCCAAGAAUCUGAAUUGAGACUCGAUGAGAAACCGGAAUCGAUAAGCAGAAUCAUUAGAACACCCAACCUGAGCUAUUCGUCUCUGUUCAGCUUAACAACCUGUUCCAUGUUGUAAAUGUGUUUGAACAAAGCAUCCAGAGUAAAAUGAGGGAGCUGAUGUUGGGAAUGAUGGGUGUUGUCGGAGGAUGAAACGUAGGAGUCGGGUUUUGGCGUCUCGGGUUUGGAAAUGUGAACGAAGAAAGAGCUAACUACACUCAGAUCAAAGAAACCUGUACAGAGAAACUCGUCAAAGCUUUCAUGUGAAGGUUCAUCAGGUUUUGUCAUGUGGCUGGAGGGAAAUGCACUUCCUGAUAAGUUGUAAAUAUUUUUGUGUCUUUCCGGCUACGUUCUGGCCUUUCUGUUGUUGUUAAAGCAAAGAGCUCUUUCGUUACUGUCGUGGAGGAUAAACACAUGCAUUCAUAAAUCUAUUUUCCUGUAUAGAUAUUAAUCUUGACGUGAGCUUCAUCUGCCCCACACUUCCACUUUCUGAAAUGAACAAGAAGACUUUUGCUGAGGUUGAUGGCUGCAGCAGCCGUGUGGUAGAAAGGAUGUAAAACAUGUGAGCGUGCAUGAGGCACUUAUGUGAGACGUUGUUACUGGAAUGUGUGUUAUAUUUAAUGUUUUGUUGUCUCAGAGAGCUAAAGCUAGAGUCUGGGAAUGCUUACAAUUGCAAUGAUAGGUCAGGAAUGACUUUAAAGGAAAAAGAUGUAUUUUUUUAACAUUAUUUUUGUUUUAAAAGCAACAGAUUGACGUGUCUGCUGACAUGAAAUAUGUGUGAUGGAUGACUAAAAGAUCCAGCUAUCUUAAAGUGAAUCAAUGUGCAUUGUGUGGGUGUGUUUCAGGUCUGUUUUUAUUUCUCAGUUCCUUUUGUCCCUUUGCAUUCGUUUGCUGCUUCUCUUUUGUAAUUCAGACGUCUGUAUAUGGCUGUAUGUUCAUGAAUACAGUCACCAUGAUUGUGACGAGUGUGUGUGUGUGUAAACGCGUGUGCUGGAUUUCGCCAAAUUACAUUAAUCAAAGACACUGAUGAUACUGUUCUGCUCAUGAUAGUCUGUCCCUUUGUCUAACACAAGUGGUUUGGACAAAGUCUUGCACCAAAGACACAUUUUUCUUUGUGUAUAUCAUUUUGCCCUCUUUGUUUAGCAUCAUACAGCAAUACUGUAAGUUCCUCGUGCUCAGAAUCGUGUGUGAUGGUCCAGAAGCAUCUGUGGAGUGACAUUAAAAUGUAUUUUCUAAUGUUGUUUGAGAACAAAAGUUGUAUCAUACUCUUGGGUAAAGUUAUAUGUGACUGGUUAUCUGUGGAGACAGGUAGAAAAUAAAACACAAAGAAGAAAAGCCAUAUAUAAAUACAUGAUUCGAGGCUGCUCUGUAAGUGUAAAGUUAGCAUUGUGUUGGUGGAGACCAAUAUUGUCACUGUGUUGCUGCCGUAGUUGAACCCGCUGGUCCUUUGUGUUUUGUAUAAGAGAGCAUGUGAUGGGGCAGCAAUAUAGCAAUGAAAAAAAAAUCUGCUACUAUGACCACAUUUUACAUCAUUUUAAAACUGACUGGAGACACUUUUUUGAAUAUAAUCUGUCCAGCUGUCUGUUCAUUUUGCAUGUUUCUCUCUCAGCUACUGGCACCACUUUACAAAGUCCAUUCAUAGUCUGUUGUUGUCUUUAGAAUGGUUUGUGUGAAGCUUCAAAGAUAGCUCUGUAUUUGACAGAGAUGUAACCUGUGUGCAGAUGGAGGAGGCGUGAGCUUACAGUACGAGGGUGAGCACAGAUUCAGCCUUAACAAAUAGCUAGACCUGUAAUCAAGAGGCCUUUCCUGUCAUUGCAAGCUUGUCUCGUCUGCGUCGUGUUGCACGGUGUUUGAUGUAAAUGAAGUGGGAUCCCCUCCUGCCCCGUCUUUCUGCCCCCGUAAAGCCGUUUUCAAAGGUGCUUCUGCGGUCUAUUGGUAUGAUUGUCCUCUUUCCAGCAAGUGUGUGAGAGGUACACCUGUCUACAGUGUAAUAAUGCAGGUCUAAUUUAUGUAAAUAUGUUUUCAAAUAUGUACAAUAUUUAAAUAAAGAAUCUAGUAUUUAUACUAAA